AUGGCCUCGCUGCCCACCCGCGGGCCCGGUGCCCAGGACCUGCUCUCGGUGCUGCCUUCGGCCAACACGAGCGCGGAGCCCACCCCCGCAGACAACGCGUCUGCCGCGGCGCCGGCCUUCCCGCUGCUGCUGAGCCUGCAGCUGGUGCAGCAGCUCAAGGCGCUGAUCGUCUUCCUCUACAGCGUCGUGGUGGUCGUGGGGCUGGUGGGCAACUGCCUGCUGGUGCUGGUCAUCGCCCGGGUGCGGCGGCUGCACACGGUCACCCACUUCCUCAUCGGGAACCUGGCGGUGUCCGACGUGCUCAUGUGCGCCGCCUGCGUCCCGCUCACCCUGGCCUACGCGCUGGAGCCCCGCGGCUGGCUGUUCGGCGGCGGCCUGUGUCGCCUGGUCUUCUUCCUGCAGCCGGUCACCGUGUACGUGUCGGUGUUCACGCUGACCACCAUCGCCGUGGACCGCUACGUGGUGCUGGUGCAUCCGCUGCGCCGCCGCCUGUCCCUGCGCCGAGGCGCGGGGGCCGUGCUGGGCAUCUGGGCGCUGGCCGCGGGGCUGGCCCUGCCCGCCGCCCUGCACACCUACCACGUGGAGCUGGGCCCGCACGGGGUGCGCCUCUGCGAGGAGUUCUGGGGUGCCCAGGAGCGCCAGCGCCAGCUCUACGCCUGGGGGCUCCUGCUGGCCACCUACUUGCUGCCCCUGCUGGUCAUCCUGCUGGCCUACGCGCGCGUCUCGCUCAAGCUCCGCAGCCGCGUGGUGCCGGGCAGCGUGACCCCCAGCCAGGCCGUGUGGGACCGCGCCCGGCGCCGCCGCACCUCCUGCCUGCUGGCCCUGGUCGUGGUGGUGUUCGCCGUCUGCUGGCUGCCCCUGCACAUAUUCAACCUUCUGCGCGACCUGGACCCCCGCGCCAUCGACCCCUACGCCUUCGGGCUGGUGCAGCUGCUCUGCCACUGGCUGGCCAUGAGCUCGGCCUGCUACAACCCCUUCAUCUACGCCUGGCUGCACGACAGCUUCCGGGAUGAGCUGCGCAAGCUGCUACUGUCCUGGCCCCGCAGGGUCGCGCCCCAUGGCCAGGGCGUGACGGUCAGCGUGAUCAUCUGA